AAAUUGUAAAAACGGUCACAUUGUUGGCAACACGUGCAUGAUUUGAUUUGAAUUCGAUUCGGUUUAAGGUGAUUUUUACUAAAUCACAUUAAAAAUGGGCAAGAAAACCAAAGUUGGAAAGACCAGGAAGGAUAAAUUCUACCAGCUAGCCAAGGAGACUGGUCUUCGAUCGCGUGCUGCCUUCAAAUUGAUUCAGUUAAAUCGUAAAUUCGGUUUCCUGCAGCAAUCACAAGUAUGUUUGGAUCUGUGCGCAGCUCCCGGAGGAUGGAUGCAGGUGGCCAAACAGAAUAUGCCCGUUUCGAGCAUUGUCAUUGGCGUUGACUUGUUCCCCAUUCGACCAAUUGCCGGUUGCAUUGGUCUCGUGGAGGAUAUCACAACCGAUAAGUGCAAACAGUCGUUGACCAAGGAGUUGCAAUCCUGGAAAGCCGAUGUUGUGCUUCACGAUGGUGCCCCAAACGUGGGUCGCAAUUGGUUGUAUGAUGCCUAUCAGCAGAUUUGCCUCACCCUAAAUGCCCUCAAGUUGGCCACACAAUUUCUGCGCAACGGCGGUUGGUUUGUCACGAAAGUUUUCCGUUCCAAAGAUUACAAUGCCUUGCUUUGGGUUUUAAAGCAGCUCUUUAAGAAAGUGCAUGCCACCAAGCCGAGUGCCUCGCGUAAGGAAUCCGCUGAGAUAUUCGUCGUUUGCCAAGGAUACUUGGCACCCGAUCAUAUUGAUCCCCGUCUAUUGGACUCGAAGUAUGUCUUUGAGGAGCUUGAUCUUGAUGCAAAGAAGAAGAGCAGCCUCCUUCAUCCCGAUAAGCAGAAACGCAUCAAAGCCGAGGGAUACACAGCACAGGAUAUUGCGCUGCGCAACGACUUGGCUGCCACAGAGUUUUUAAAGGCAGAAAAUGCCCUGGCAGUCCUACAAGGCAUUGGUUCUAUUCGCAUCGAUGAUGAUCGCAUUGCAAAGCACAAGAAAACCACGCCAGAAAUCCUGGAAUGCUGUAAGGAUCUCAAGGUGUUGGGUCGCAAAGAUAUCAAAGGGCUUGUGCAGUGGUGGAAGGAUGUAAGGGAACUUUUUGUGAAGAAGGAAACGCCAUUGGAAGUCGGUAAGUCAAAUGAAGAAGAGGAAAAAGUCAAGCCAUUGACACAAGAGGAACUGGAGGACAUGGAAGAUGCUGAACUGCAAACGCAAAUCGAUACCAUUAUGGACGAGGAGAAAAAGGACUUGAAGCGAAAGCGCAAGAAGACGCUAAAGACGAAGGCCAAGUUGCAUGAGAAGAUGAACCUCAACAUGGUUAUCAAGGGCGACGAUGGUCCCGUCGAGGAGGCUGAGCAUGAAAUCUUUGAUCUUAAAAACAUCAAAACAGCCGAUGAACUGGACGAAUUGCUCGAUGUUCAGCCCGAUUUUUCGGUGGAUGAAUCUGCGCCCGAGCAAGCUAAGCUUGCAAAAUAUAAAUAUUUUGACAAAGAUGACACGAAAAUGAAUGACGAUUUGCACUACGAGGACGACGACGAUGACGAAGAGGAGCAAAGCAAUGCUUCGGAUGAUGAAGCAAAUUUAAAUAAACAGGGUCUGGGUCUCAGUGACGAAGAUGACGACGUUUCAAAGGGUAAAAGCAAGAGGAAAAAGCGCACCGAGAAUCCACUUAUUAAAUCGUCUGAUUUUCGCGAUAAAAACACCAAGCGCGAGCAACGCGUACAGCUUUGGUAUGAGAAAGAUGUUCUCCAAAAUAUCCAAUCGGAUGAUGAUGAGGAGAACUACGAUCUGGACAAUCUGGCAAAGGAGUAUAAGGCAAAGGGAGUUUCAGUAUUGGGCGAAAGCAGCACCCUUGCCGCGGAUGCAAAUGAGGAAGUUGUCAAGGGCAAGAAAGCCAAACGCCGAGCACGUCAUCAGGAAUCAAAGGAAAGCAGCUCAGAGUCCUCCGAUUCCGAAGACGAAGUUAACAAGGAUGGCGAAGAAACCAAUACAGAGGCACCUGUGAAAAAGGUUCGCUUAACCGAAAGUGAAAUGGCCUUGGGAGCAUUUUUAACACGCAACAAGAAAACACGCCGAGACCUGAUCGAUGCUGCCUGGAAUCGAUAUGCCUUUAACGAUGAGAAUCUGCCCGCCUGGUUUGUGCAAGACGAGGAUGAGCACAUGACCAAACCGCAGCCAGUUCCCAAGGAGCUAACUGCCGAGUAUCAACGCAAAUUGCAGGAGCUCAAUGUGCGCCCGAUCAAGAAGGUAAUGGAGGCCAAGGCCCGCAAGCAGCGUCGUGCCACAAAACGCAUGGCCAAGGCAAAGAAACUGGCCGAGAAGAUCAUGGAGAACACCGAUUCCACCAAUCACGAAAAGUCGAAACAGCUCAAGAAGGUGUACAAGAAGGCUCAGGAGAAAAAGAAGGAGGUUACGUAUGUUGUGGCCAAGAAACAAUCGGCAGCUCGUCGAGCGCGUCGUCCAGCUGGAGUGAAAGGUCGCUAUCGCGUCGUGGAUCCUCGCGAGAAGAAGGACAAGCGCUCGCUGGACGCAAAGAAGCGACGCGAAAAGGGUGGAAAAGGGCGCAAGGGCCGAAAAUAAAAUAUAAACUGUAUAAAGAAAUGUAACAGUAAUGUUUUUUUUAGAUAUUAAAUAUAUGCGUAAAAAUUAAA